GGAAAAAGUAAAAGAAAAGAAGUUUCUUUGAAGGAAACAACCUGAGGCGAGUUUCUCCCUACUUUUGUUUCUCACACUUCAUCAGAUUCCAGAAGAUUGGUAUUUUCUUAGUAAGGUAGUUGUAUUGAAGCCAAGGAGGACUUUUUCUUUGAAGGAGUCUGAGGAUAUGACUUCUGACAUGAUCCCUAUUGAUUCCUCUUGAGGUGCUCCUCCAUCAUCAGGACUUGUUCUACGGUAGAAGCUGCCUUCUUUCUCCCAACAGUAAGUAAGAAGAAAACUAUGUCUUUAGUUAGGUCUGCAGAGCUAUCUGCCACAUCAUAUAGAAAUCCAAAGCUCUAUUCGCUAAAGGGAAGUGAUGACUGUCCUGGCUUGUCCACCCAAAUAUUUGGUUCUGAUAAGCAUAAGAUUACAUAUAUGGCUGAUUCUUACUGCAAUGAAAGUUAUGAGAAGUAUUUCCUUGACUCCCCAACAGAAGAACUUAUACAGCCUUCCAGUUCUGGCAUAUCAGGAAAUUCAUUUCACCAACGUGGUGCCUCCAUGAGCACUCAAAACCCGUUUAGCACUCCUUUGGUGUCCAUCAGACAUGGUGAUGCCCGUCGUUCCAAUUUUGAAUUGAACUACUUGGAAAGCCAAAGCCCAGAUCCAAUAGACUAUGAUGAAGAUAAUAUGAGAUUGAAGCUUCAAGAAUUGGAAAGAGCAUUGCUCGAUGAUAAUGAUGACGAUGACGAUGAUGACAUGUUUGGCUCUGGUCACAGCAUGGAAAUUGAUGGUGAAUGGGCUGACCCAGUGCGGAACGCAUUGCUCCAUCAUGACUCGCCUAAGGAAUCUUCAUCAACAGAUUCUAACCUUAGUAGCAUCAGCAGCAACAAGGAAGUAUCACAAGUAUCUCCUAGGAGUCCUAGAAAGUUGCUGAUGGAUUGUGCUGGUGCACUCGCAGAUGGAAACAUUCUGGAAGCAUCAGUUAUGAUUAAUGAGCUCCGGCAGAUGGUCUCAAUCCAAGGGGAUCCUCCUCAGAGGAUUGCCGCCUACAUGGUAGAAGGCCUUGCUGCUCGCAUGGCUGCCUCUGGUAAAUGUCUUUACAAUGCUCUAAAAUGCAAAGAGCCCCCCUCUUCUGACCGGCUUGCAGCCAUGCAGAUCCUCUUUGAGGUGUGCCCUUGUUUUAAAUUUGGAUUUAUGGUAGCAAAUGGUGCAAUGAUAGAGGCAUUUAAAGAUGAGAAAAGAGUCCAUAUAAUAGAUUUCGAUAUCAACCAAGGGACUCAAUAUAUUACACUGAUACAAACAAUUGCCGCUCAGCCAGGGAAGCGGCCCCAUUUGAGAUUAACUGGGGUUGAUGACCCUGAGUCAGUUCAACGUUCUGUUGGAGGCCUAGAAAUUAUUGGACGAAGACUGGAGAAGCUAGCAGAAACAUUUGGGGUACCGUUUGAGUUUCGACCCUUGCCAUCAAAGACUUCAAUCAUCUCUCCAUCAAUGCUUGACUGCCGGCCUGGGGAAGCACUGAUAGUGAACUUUGCCUUCCAGCUUCACCACAUGCCAGAUGAGAGCGUGUCGACAGUAAACCAGCGAGACCAGCUUCUUCGGAUGGUUAAGAGCCUGAAUCCAAAACUCGUCACUGUGGUUGAACAAGACGUGAACACAAACACUGCCCCAUUUUUACCUCGAUUUGUUGAAGCCUACAAUUACUACUCAGCUGUGUUCGAGUCUCUUGAUGCAACUCUCCCAAGGGAGAGUCAGGACCGAAUGAAUGUUGAACGGCAGUGCCUGGCACGGGACAUCGUUAACAUCGUUGCAUGUGAGGGAGAGGAGAGGAUAGAGCGGUAUGAAGUUGCAGGCAAAUGGAGGGCAAGGAUGAUGAUGGCCGGCUUCACUUCACGUCCAAUGGGUCCAAAUGUGAUUGAUAUGAUCCGGGAAUUACUUACUGGGCAGUAUUGUGACAGGUACGGGAUGAAGGAAGAAAUGGGUGCACUUCACUUCGGGUGGGAAGACAAAAGCUUGGUUGUUGCUUCAGCAUGGAGGUGAUAUUAGAUAUUUUGUUAGUAGUAGCGUUUGGUUGGUUGUAUUUGUAAUAAUAUGUGGGAUCGAGAUGCAUGCUGAUGUAUUAUCUAAGUUAGAAAUAAGGGCUUUCUUAAUGGUAUCCAGAAGAGAAUUGUCAAGGAUGAUGAUUAGGGGAUUGCUGCUUAUCUAAUAUUUUCAUAUAGCAUCUUCUUUGUUGUGGA